CCCCCCCCCCGCCCACUCUUUGUCAACUCCUACCUUUUAUUUAAAUGGCAUUUUAACAACGUCUGCUGAGUCCGUGGGUGUUUUGUUGGGGGCAAAAAACCGAAACUUAAAUACUGACUCAAGGUCGUAAUCUUAAAUUGUUAUGGUAGUAUUCCGGACCUCACAGUUGCCCAGUAUUUGUAUACAUGUAUAUAUUUUUGUAUAUUAAUCCCCCCGCCCCAAGUGAUGACACAGUUCUGCACCAGUACGUCGUCACUUGGGCGCGAACGGUGGGUGUGUUUUCGAGAGGAUGUCGAGAGGCGAGUUUUGUUUUCAGUUUGUAAACAUGAAGCUUCUGAACUCUCUACUACUUGCCUGGCAUUGCACACUCUCGCGCAGUGAUGCGACCGAGAUGCGCGUGAGCCAGAGUCCUGACGUGGAGGCCCCGGAGGGCCAGCUCGUCGUCAUCCACUGCUGCUGGCCAGAAUAUUACCAAAGAGUCAAGGUCAAGUGGUUGAAAAACUCGACCGCUUAUCGGGGCGACCCCCGCUCUCCCCAAAAUUGGCGGAAAGAUUCCGAGAAGUGCGGGAGCUUAGAAUUCGCCAACAUCAGUCGAGAGAACUCGGGCACGUACGUGUGCCAGGUCAAUGCGGAAAUACCGCUUCUGGCUGAAGCAAGCGGUAACGGUACGGUCGUUAGUGUAACGCAGCGAAAGUCCAAUGGCACUGCAGAAGGAGGUGGUACCAGAAGUCCUCUCUGGGUCACGCUUGUGACUUCCAUGGCUUCGCUGACUUUGCUGCUCGUCGUCGCGCUCAUCUGCAACUGCAAAUUCAAGCGGACAAAAGGAGUCAAGGUGAUCUACGAAAGCCCCCGCUCGGACUCGGACGUCGGCGUGACGGUCAAACACCGCAGCAGCGACUCGGCCCAGUGGUGCGAGGUGCUCGUGUACGAAUCCGUCGACUACUUUGAGCGUGCGGACAUGAAGCCAAGUAUGUGAGGACGCACGCGCUCAGAAGAUGUGGCCACGAAUACUACACCUAUCCCACUGAAAUCUUGUUUGCAUUGCUUAACUUUUACUGCAUGUAUCAUUUAAAUACUUCACUCACAAAAUAUGUUCCGGAAAACCUGAAUUGAUGACGUUCUCGGCCAUGAGGUGCCAUUGUUGCGGUGCAGUUUCCGGACCGCGAUGCUAAGUGGAAAAUGUGUGUGUGUGUGUCUGUGUUUGAGAUUUGUGGUCAUGAGUGGCGGGUCAGUGACAGGAAGUGGAAACAACAACGGUGACAUUUCAAGUAGUUUCUCUCUGUAACCGUCGGGCUUGCAGUUCUGCAGGUAGUCGUCCCUGCGCGCGCAGACGACAGAAAUGUCUUUGAAAAUAAAAAGCAAUUUGUUUUUGUAAAUAACUCCGUACACUGGGUG